GCAGCAGUAGAGGCGAGUGAAGAAACGGCUCUCAAUGGCGGUGGCUGCGAGGAACUUACUACUCAAGCACCUGAGAGUGCAAGUUCAAACCGUGCCUUCGAACCCUAGCUCCACCGCCCCUCUCUUCCUAUCCCCCUUUGCCGCUAUCCGACGCCGUCUCUUCUCCGAGGAGGUCAGGGGCACCUUCCUCGACAAGUCUGAGGUCACCGAUCGGGUCGUCUCCGUUGUCAAGAACUUCCAGAAGGUCGAUCCUUCCAAGGUUACACCAAAUGCUCAUUUUGAAAGUGAUCUGGGGUUAGAUAGUUUAGAUUCUGUGGAGAUUGUGAUGGCUCUGGAAGAGGAGUUUGGGUUUGAGAUCCCCGAUAAUGAAGCUGACAAGAUCAAGUCAAUUGGUCAGGCUGUGGACUUUAUUUCUUCUCACCCUCAGGCGAAGUAGGGGAAGGGCAUGAAGCUCCAUUGUUAAUUUUCUCCUGUUCCCCGCAAGGAUUUAGCUGUUAGAACUUUUGGAUCCUCACACCUUGUUUCCCUCCAUUUUAUAAAGGUGCCUAUUUUUGGUAUGUUCAAAACUUGAGUGUUUCGGUUCCAGUUUUAUGGAAAGUGUGUUGAAAACAACUCUUUGAUUGUUUCAUUUUUGUUUUGUUCAAAUAAAAGCAAUCCAGUUUAUUGCUUAACAAAAUUACAGUCUUAUGUGAUUACAUUAUCGUUGACGUUUUAUCUGUGGCUUUUGCUCUUA